UUCAAGAAUGUCCCCAUGUCUUGCCAUCCAGCUGUACUAUGUGGUUCCAUUUAUCUCUCCACUUCUUGUAAUAAAACGGUCACCACUUGUGUCUAUAUCUAACUAUCCACCUUUUCAGGCCAUCUAACCAUGGCCUUUUCCACCACUCAGUGCCACCACAAAGCCCCUCCGCCCCCUCGCCCUCUCCCCUCUCUCUCUCUAAACCCUCCAUCUCUCUCAUCUCUCUCGUUUUCCUCUCACCCUUCUCACCACAAACUCUCACUCUCCAACAACUAUUCUUUUGGCUAUGGAAAACCCCACUUCAAGAUCAGGCCCAAAGCCAAGCAAGGAUUGGAGGUUAUGUGUGUGCAAAGUGUGCCAUUGAAAGUUAUGAUCUCUGGGGCUCCUGCUUCAGGCAAAGGGACUCAGUGUGAACUCAUUGUCAAGAAGUUUGGAUUGGUACAUAUAUCGACAGGAGAUCUUCUCCGUUUUGAAGUGUCAGCUGGUACUGAAAUUGGAAGAAAAGCAAAAGAAUACAUGAAUGCUGGCCGUUUAGUUCCAGAUGAUAUAGUGACAGCUAUGGUUACUGGAAGAUUAUCUCAGAAAGAUGCACAAGAAAAGGGCUGGUUGCUAGACGGAUACCCAAGAAGUUUUGCCCAAGCACAAAGUCUCGAAAAAUUGCAGAUUAGACCAGACAUAUACAUUGCAUUAGAUGUACCCGAUGAUAUUCUAAUAGACAGAUGUGUUGGUAGAAGAUUGGAUCCUUUAACAGGGAAGAUAUACCAUAUAACAAAUUUUCCUCCAGAAAAUGAGGAAGUUAAGUCAAGGCUUCUGACUCGUCCUGAUGACACUGAGGAAAAGGCCAGAUCACGUCUGCAAAUUUACAAGCAAAAUGUAGAUGCCAUCUUAUCAACCUAUAUUAGCAUAUUGAAAAAGCUUGAUGGCAACCGUUCCAAAGAGGUUGUUUUCGAAGAAAUAGAUUCUUUACUGACCCAGGUGCAGAAAGAGAAAUCAGAUCAGACAAAAAUAGCUUUUCGAGGUGAUACUUAUUCGGAGAGAGCAUCUCCACCCAAGAAUAACUGGAGAGGAAUUCCUACUAGAUUGAAUAAUAUACCUCAUUCUAGAGAAAUAAGAGAAUAUUUCUAUGAUGAUGUGUUGCAAGCCACUCAAAGAGCUGUUACAGCUGGAAAGACUCGGUUGAAGGUGGAGAUCAAUAUUCCGGAACUCAACCCUGAAAUGGAUGUCUAUCGGAUAGGUACAUUGAUGGAGCUUGUUCGAGUUCUAGCUUUAUCAUUUGCUGAUGAUGGAAAACGAGUAAAGGUUUGUGUUCAAGGGUCUAUGGGGGAGGGUGCACUCGCAGGGAUGCCAUUGCAGCUUGCAGGAACUCGUAAGAUCUUGGAGUUCAUGGACUGGGGUGAAUAUGGUGCCAUGGGAACCUUUAUCAGCAUCGGUGCUAUAGGAGCAAAAGAAGUUGCUGAAGAAGAUGACUUGUUCAUAUUAGUAGCUCCUCAAAAUGCUGUUGGAAAUUGUAUAAUUGGGGAUCUACAGGCCAUGACUGAUGCUGCAGGAAAACGACCUGUCAUUCUUAUAAAUCCUAAGCUCAAGGAUUUACCGGCUUCGAGUGGUAUCAUGCAAACAAUGGGCCGUGAUAAGAGACUGGAGUAUGCUGCAUUAUUUGAAAAUUGCUACCUCUUACGGCUUCUCUACUAUGCUGGAACCCAGUAUCCAAUUGUGGGUGUUUUAAGGAUGUCAUAUCCUUCUCCUUAUGAGUUAUUCAGGAGGGUAAGUGAACCUGAGACGCCCCAAAAGGAGAAGUAUGUCUUGAUCUCAUCAUUUGCAGAGAGGCCUGACGGAGAUGAUAUCAACUAUGCACUUGAAGGAAAAACAAGGGAACAAGCUAAAAAAGAGGCAGGAGUUUGGGGGUACUUAAGUAGCAUGUUUCGGUGAAAACGGAUAUAUUCAAACACGAGAUAAAAUCACUGCAGCCAGUAUCAGAAGUCAGAACUCAAUGCAAGGUGAUUAUAAGAUUAAACAUAAGACAUUCUAUACUUACCUGUUUUGACAUGCUACACGUACACGAAGGAAUCAUGCAAUUCGCCUCUUGCAAAUCUCUCUGUAUAGAUUCAUUUUUUCGAGCGAAAAGCUUAAAAGUUAGAAAGGAUAGAUCAGUAACAAUGUAGCUCUGUUAAAAUACUAAUGCAGGGCAGUAGAACUUUGUAAAUAUACAUUCACUUUUACUUGGUAAAUAGUAAUCUCCUUCCUUCA